GUGGCAGGCUGUGGACGAAUUACAGAAUGCGGGGUGGUGUGUAAAUAUUUAAUGCAGAGAAUGUAGUCCAAGGAGCAGUUGGACCAAGGCAGAAAGCUUGGACAACAGUUGGACGAUCCACCACCACUCGUGAGAGCAGACUACGUAAAAGCCAUCACCCCCUGUGGCAACAAACCUUACUUUGACAAGAACUCGGACAGUGGGUAGAUCUUUCCACCAAAUCGAGGGUGCACUGAGUCCACCAACAAAGUCUCAAGAAUGAUGACCUUUCCCUGGUGUAUGAGCAUUGUGACUUUUAUGCUAGUUCAGACGCAUGCCGAUAAUUCCUUCUCUCCAAAACCGGAUGUAACAGUUCUACACCAAAAUCCUCGAGGACUCAAUGACGGCCGAACUCCUUAUAAUGUCAUCACUGUAGCCCGCAGGCAGAUGGAGCAAAUCCCUGAGCACCUACCGAAGGUAUCAGAUUCUGAGCCUUCAUGUGCCGAAUUACGUGCCAUGUGGCACAAUAUGCGUCGAAUAGCACGACACAGCGAGAUGACUAAUGAAAUCCCAACGAUUCCUUUCUCGUUUCCUAGAGAUAUCCUCGAUUACGCUAUAAGCCAGUCAAGUUUUUUCCGGAAUCAUGAGUUCCCCGUUCCUUUUUCCUUCCCCAUGGCAAGCAAUUUUGGAAAUGCUCUUCUUAAAGGUCCUAUUAAGGGUUCGACGUUAAACAAUCCUGCAAGAAAAGAAACGUUUACUAAUAAACUGUUCAGUGAUGGAGUUUCAAGUCACCACCACAACAACAACCAGUACUACGUUAACAACGGCCCUGAGAGAGACUACUCUCACAGUCGGGUUCAAUCCGUGAACCCUCCCGGUAGAUUUUCUGAUAUACCGUUUCUUCACGGAUCUCUGGGAGUUUUUGGUACCAUGGUUCGGAGUCCAGAAGAGAAGGCGCUUUUAGAAAAGCAACAACAUCUAGGACAGUUGUCUGAACAGUUUGUCGAGAACGGAGGUUUUCAACCGUCUCAAAUUAGCAAGGAGGACUUGGACAAGGGUAUUGGCACCUUUGGUGCUUUUGCAUCUGAUUUGGAGCAAUCAAAUCCAAGGAAAAACAAUUUUCAAUUUGGAACUUUUGUGCAUGACAUGUCUUCAACUGGACAACAAUCUGCAGAGGAAGAGGAGAAAAUGAUUGAUAGUGCAGGAGCGUUUGGUGGUAUUGUCAACCCAAUGGAUACCUGUAAGAAUGUGGAAACCAACCCGUGCCGCAACGACGACGACUGUUUGUGCUUCGAAAGUGUCCUCCGUUGCGUUGCCACCAGAUGUCAGGUCCAACAGUAUCGCUCCAAGAGCCAAGUUUACACCGAUGACUGGGGUACCUGGCACAGUGGACCAAUAGACUCCGCUAAACUCGGAAUAUCUCGUAAGAAAAGAAACAGCGCGAGGGUGAUCGCCAUGUAAAUUGAAGCAUAGUGACAAAAUGGACUAAUGAUUUUUUCUUUGUGUAUUGAACAAAGUAUGGUUAGUUCCAAAUUAGCUUUAUUCACACGAAAAAAACCUGAAGAACCAGUACAUUUUUCCUGUACCUUGUAUUCUGACGUCUGACUACUGGGAACCAAUCAAAUCGGUGACCCCCUAGGUCUUGGUUACUUUCUCUAUGUACUUUGUAUACUGACAUCUUCCACUGAGAAAAAAAAAAACAAUCUGGGGACCCAUUUUUUGUUGUUGUUGAAUUUUAUUUAUGUUUCUCAUUUGUUUACUGAAAUCUAAUAACAAUUAUUUGACACAUCGGGUUUUCCUAUUUCUUUAUCAAUUCUUUCUUCUACUUUGUAUCGGGUGACUGCAUUGCUUAGUUUUUGUCAUUGUACUUCUUGUACUGAUAUUUUAUUGUAAACAACCUAUAUUUCUCAGGUUAAAAAUUCUAUUCAGUGAAUUCAUCUUUUUAGCUUCCGUUCUGACAGUGACUCGCUGAAGAAUAUGCAGUCAUAUAACAUGUGUCAAGCAUAAGGAUAGAUCAGUGAAUAUAGAUAUUCUCUUUGAAAAACCAUUCAGUUAAUUGUGCUUAUUACUACACUACCCUUGCAAGCUAACGUUUUUCUUCAUAAGAUGCAUGCUAGUGUAAUAAAUAGUUUAGUUUGUAAACGAUACGCAAGUGUAUGAAGAUGUUGUUUAAUUCGAGGAUUACGUACAUGAAUAACAUUUUAUUCAGUCUACGCGUAAAUAUUAAUUGUUUGAUUUUACUUGAAAUAUGAACCUAACAAAUGAAUCAGUAGAGGGCGGGGCAUUAAAUUGUUGGUAUGAGUAACAGUCGGGCCAGGCCUAAUGAAGUAAAGAAGGAGCCCGAAAUGACGUAAGUUAUUGUUAAUUUAUGUGAAUGCGUAGAUAUUAGCUUGACCUGAAAUGAACUACACACCAUGAUAACAUACAUAACAACCCAAAUGUGUUAGUUGUCAGUAGACAGGAAAUAAAAUGAGUGGAAAUUUUGAACGUUCUGAUAUCUGGUAUUAACCUAUGUUUAGUAAAUAUACAUUACCUUAGUUAGUUAGUAUAUAAUAUAUAUUUUGCAUGCAAUAUUCAUGAAGUUUCUUGUUUAAGUUCCAUUUUCUGAAGCUAUACUUGUUUCAUUUGGCUCAUAGAUAUCAAAGCAACAUUAACAAAACUAUAUUACAUGUAUAAAAAGCUCUAGAUCUAACAAUUCUGAGAGCAUAGUUAUCCUUAUUCAUAAACCUAACUCUGUGGGAAGUGAAAUAAGUAUAUGUUGGUGUGUGUGAAAUUUAUGAAGGUGAUGAAUUGAAAAUUAGUAUAUAUAUAUAUAUAUGUAUGUGUGUGUGUGUGUGUGUGUAAUAGGCUUCUGUUGUUCUUAGAAAUCAACAUAUUCUUAAAAUGUUUUUGGUUAUUCUAAAUUCAAAUAAAUAUAAGAUAGUUUGUUAAUAUAAUGUUCUAAUUGAUAAAUUAACUAAAUAACCCAUAAAUGAUUAGUUGUUUCAUUUCCACUUGUCUUAUAACUUUUACUUUUUGUACUAUUAUAAAAAUGCUUUUUUCACUAUAGGACAGAAAUGUAGUUAAUAUUUCGUACAAACAACGGGAUAUUGAAUUAACAACUAAGAAUUGGGAUGAUCACUUGUUCUAUGAUAAUAAAAUAGAUAUAUGGUUAAAUACAAUGUAAAGGUUUUGUUUCAUUUCCUGCUUUCUCAGCAUUACCCGUUUUAUGUAACAACGUUUUCUUUGGUUUUCCGUAAAAUAUUUCUGCAAAACUGUAAUGCAGGUUUAAAUGAAAUAUUUUCUUCUAACUUCACUGGUUCGAACCGAAUAAAUGAUAUAACUGUAUGAAUCGAUUGGAACGAGCACAGUCAAAAUAAGGCUUGCUCUGGAAGUUAAUUGAUAUAUAUUUAUAGUUUAAUAUACUAACCAUAUUCUUAUAAUGGAAAAAUAACUUUUAUUUCAGCUCUCAGCUAAUAUGUUAACUAAUUAAGCAGUCAGCUUUUGAUGGUACUGCUUUACUAUUGUUUAUUAUUUACUUAUAACAUGAGUAAUAUAACAUUCCAGGUCCACUUAGCUUUCGACCUUCAUGUGUUUAAUUCACCACCUUUUUUUUUUGUUGUUGUUUUUGUUCAACUGAUAAGGAUUCCAGCAGUUGUUUUGUAAUGUUUGGUGACUAAUCUAGCACUUUCCAUGUAUUUUCACUUGUUUCCAAUGUUUUGUUAUUCUGUGAAAAAUAAAACCUAUUAAAGCUA